CGUCAACGUCUUUGGCGGACUAUUUCACUGCUGAUCAACACUACGAAUGCUGGUAACGAAUAAUUUGUAAAAAGACACACCAUGUGAAGUUAUUUUUUCGUUUCGGCAAGUAGCUGUGGAUUGUGUAAUAAGCGGGAUAAUGUAUAGAACGUCGCCGGUCAUUAUCGAAAAUAAGCCCCUUCAGGGCGAAGCAAGACACCUCCGCUGCACGUCGGUGUCCUGUUCGCCCUGUCGGGGAUUAUUUUCCCAAUGAUGACCGGCGUUCUAGAUUCAUUAUUCCUUACAUAUAUAUUUAGCAGAGUAGGCCUACGUAACUAAUGUGUACAAAGUUACACAUGUAUUAAAAAAAUGUCGGGUUGAAAUCGGGCUCGGGCUCAUAAUAUUACAUAAUACAGAACGUGCUCGGGUCUAUUUGGGCUAUAGAACCCCCUAGCUCCGGUGUAGCAUCCCAAGAUAGAAGUUGAGGCUGCUUUAGCUGUCUGGUGACCAUUUUUAUCUAUGUUGCAGCUGAGGUAGCAAGGCUCUUUGCGCCGUAUAACGGCGGAGCCAGAAGAAAUAUCACGAGACGACCAGCUCAAGUCCAAGUGAGUCGAAGAAGCUAUACACACACUGUGUGUUGUUUGGCUGACCACAAGGCGGAUAAAGUCCCAAGCGUACAGCUUAAAGCGGACCUUCAUACUUCAGGACUUGGAGAGCACAAAGUGACAUUUUCAGGGAAUGACAGCGAUCCCAUGGUCAUAAGAAACAAGUUGAUGGAAGUAUUUCCGAAGCUCCAAGAAGGGGGAGGCUUCGAAUUUUUAAAAAUUGCAGGAUCUACACGGAGUCGAAAUCUGGCAUUGCUUCAGUGUCCCAGCACUGGAUACACGCUUGCCUAUCUAAAGGAUCCAGCUUCGAUGAUUGGACAGGCUACAAUCUUCAUUCGUCCGCUUCAACAGGAUCUACCCUUCGAUUGUGAGAGCUCAAGUUCUGCCUCUGGUCCAGUCAUCCCCUGCAUCACCUGUCAGAAGGAGGUUCCCUUUUCAGAGAUGAAGCUGCACAGAUUGAGCUGCAAUGGGACACCCAUGCAGGAAUCAGAGAAAGAACAAGAGGGAGGCCAAAGUGAUAGUGAGACCGUCAGUGACAGUGUUCCAGUGAGGCCUGGAACAUCAGCUGAAAGUGCAGAAGUGCCAGCAGUGAUGGUCAACGAGGAGCUGGAUAGUAAAGAAGCAGACAGCGAAUGGAAGCUUAUUGAAGAACCGUCUCAAGCUGCCAAAGUUUUCAAAGAGAAUCUGCUGAAGGAACAUGCAUCUGGGACACCACUUCGAAUGAAGAUGGAUGUAAGGGACUCUGAAGAGGACAGGGAACGGGAACUUCUCUUGUUCUAUAAACAGCAGCAAGAAUGGGCAUGUCCACUUCAUUGUACUCUUGUUGGUGAUGCUGCUGUCGGAGAGGGAGUGAUGAGGUACUUUCUGACAACGGUGAUAUCCAAACUCCAAUUUGGAUUCAGUCUAGAUCUUGGAGGAAUGGGCCGAACACUGCUGUUUGAGGGUGAACCUGACCAUCUUGUUCCAGCAGCAUCAGAGGCACUCAUUGAAAGCAAUCUCUUCCGGGUUGCAGGAAGGAUGUUGGCCCACAGCUUUCUGCAUGACGGUCCCCAUGUCACAGGAUUAAGUCCUGCUGUGAUUCAUGUACUGUUCAAUGGGGAUCCUGAAAUGGCAACUGUUGUUACAGAAGACUGUCCUGAUCUGCACAUCAGGAGUAUCAUAAAACUGCUUGAACAAGAAGAACUCACACCAGAACAGAAGGACACAGUUUCAGAUCUUUCCAUGUCUUGGGAUCUUCCAGCAGUCACCAAAACAAAUCGGAGAUGGCUACAUAACAAACUUCUACUCCAUGCAGUCAUUGGGAGGACCAUGCGCCAGAUCAAACAGUUGAGAAAGGGACUGAAAGAUGUGAUGGUAUGGCCCCUGCUGACAUCUAGGCCAGAUGUUGUCCCACUUAUUUUCCCCAAAAUGGCUGAAAUGCAGUUCACACCCCAGAUGCUCCUACAAAAAAUCACAUGGCCAGUUGAGGACAGUGAUGAUGAAGACUUAGACUUAGAGUCCACGUGCCACGUCACUGGCUUUCUAAGGUUGUUCAUUGAAACAGCUUCAUCAGGUACCCUGGCCCAGCUGUUGACACUCUGGGUUGGCUGGGAGAUGCUUCCUCCCAAACUGAGAGUGGAGAUUUCUGGGGGAACCCUUCCUACGUCCUCCACAUGCUUCGAAACACUAAAGCUGCCAGCUCAUUUCAAAACCUACAUGGAUUUUGAGGAAGCACUUGUCUCUGCCAUAAAUAGUGCACAGACUGGAUUUGGACUUGUUUAAUUUUUUCAGACAGAUGUCAUUGAAUGCACUGUUAAGUAGGUCAGGUCAAUUGACACAAGUUCAGUGUCUUUGAAAACUAAUAAACAAAUAAAACACUG